GAUUUAUGUUUCUUAUAGAUUUAAGAUUGCGCACCUGGAAUCGGCCUAUUUCUGCUAUCUGCCGGCUGUGAGCGGAAACACGAAACAUGGCGGCAGUAAAUACCAAAGAAGUUAUGAUAAACUGAGGCUGUGUUGUUUUGUGCAGCCAGCGAAAGUGACUAAGUGAGAGGCCUUGAUAAGUAUGUGACGGGUGUAAUUGUGCAAAUCUCGCUGUCGAGCCGGCGUGGACGCCCGUGUGAGCGAUGAUGCGUUGGCACGUCAAGGAGGUUUACUGUUACCGUGUUAUGCCGACGUGUUGCGCUGAACGGAUACAAUUAUUGUGACACUGACAAUGAAGAUUCAGGCCUGUCAUCAAAUCUUCUCGGACUCGGGAAACAGUAAUCUUCAUCUUUUCUGACAUGGCAGCAUCCGUACAUCAGUUUAGAGACUCUUUAAAAUUGUGUGCAUUGUAAUGGUGUUGCGGAAAUAACUUUAGGUUACAUUGCUGUAUGUUGAGUUACACGACAUAACCGUCUACAUAUGUGAUUCUGAUACAGUUCGUGGUAAUAGUCUGUAUAAGGAUUGCUCAAAUUAGAAGUCUUACUCCCUUAUGCUGCUCUCUUUACUUGGUGAAAUAACGUUAUAAACUGAACUUCUUUUUAUUUUAAAUUGACACAAGUUCCUCAGUUGAUGUGUAAUGAAAUCUAUCAACAGCAUUUUUCUUUGACAGACAGUAACAUACAGUAUCCAUUCCUUAUCAUUUAGGGUAUGAAUAGAAAAUUUGAGAAUAGGUGCUGAUAGUGUACUAGUCAUACAGUGUUUAAAGGUAAUUUAUUGCAAUAUCUUCACAUUCACUUAUAGAUGUGUGUAUUUAAUAGUUUUCUGCAGAACAUAUAAAAAUGGACAAGAAGAAUACUAUGUUACAUUCCAUUAUCAUAAUUGACAGAGUGGAGGAUUCGAACUGUGGUUGUUAAGCUCCAUCCGAAGAAUACACACACACACGAUUUAACAUCAAACUCUUUGUACUUUGAUUUCACGAGAUAGGAUGAAAACUGCUCCCCAUUUAGAGAUAAUUUCUGGUGUACAUUUUGUGUUUAUUCUUUUUAGUCAGCAUCUGUCCCAAGGGGAAGAUUGUAUCGUUCACCUAAACAAGGUUGUUAUCUAAUUCACAUGCUUAUGUAAGACAUGAAACCUAUUGGGGAGACAUUUCACUGUUCGUUAAAUAGGGAGUUGCAACACUUGUACAGAGAGUCACUUAUUUCAUUUGUAAUCGGUUUUUGAGUGAAGCAUAUUAAGUAUGUGAGUUGUACAGUGUGGAAACACGUGUUAUGAGAGAAACUUUUGUAAACAUUGUCAGAUAGAUGACUUGACCGAGAGUACUAGUGUAUUUUUGCUAGAAAAUAAACUAUUACAAAUGGUGCUGUGAUAUUUCAGUGGCUGAACAGUUUAAAGUAACUCUGGCAGAGUGGCGCUGUUAUAUUUUUUUGUGCCUAGCAGUUUUGUGGAAGACAGUGGUGUGAAAAACACAGUGCCCAGUGUUUAUUUAUUUCUGACAUUGGUUUAGCACCAGUUUCUUUUAAGCGCAGUGUGCCAGAGCGAAACGUGGAAGAGUUUCUCAGUGUUGGUGUUGUCUUGCUAAGUGUGAACUGACCUGUGAGUUCUCAGGGCUUCAAAAUGAAGAACCACCACCACCAUCACCACGGCUACCACGGCAGUGAAGAUGAUGAAAGUGGCAGUGAUUCGCCUGCCCUCCUACCACACGCUUCACCCACAGCGAGUCUCCUGCCGGAGGACACUCCACCCCCACACGGCCUUCGUGAUCCCCCGGGCCUCUUGAAUGCCCGGGCCAUGUUCUUCCUUGUCCUGUGGUACUUCUUCAGUGGCUGCACUCUCUUCCUCAACAAGUACAUCUUGUCAUACUUGCAGGGCGACCCAACGGUUUUAGGCACAUUCCAGAUGCUGAUGACAGCGACGUGUGGCUUCGUCCAGAUGUACUUCCCCUGCGGCAUGUACAAGCCCGCCCCGCGGAUGGCGAGGCCGCCCGGCUUCUACUGUCACAUGCUGCUCGUCGGUUGCACCAGGUUCACGACAGUGAUCUUAGGCCUGGUGGCUCUGAACUAUGUUGCGGUGAGCUUCACAGAAACCAUUAAGAGCUCCGCACCCCUCUUCACCGUCCUCAUCUCCAGGUACCUGCUUGGUGAGACGACGGGCCUGUACGUGGGCCUGUCCCUUAUCCCCGUGAUGGGCGGCCUCGCGCUCUGCUCCGCCAACGAGCUGAGCUUCGACACGCGGGGCUUUAUCGCCGCCAUGGCCACCAACCUCACCGAGUGCCUCCAGAAUGUAUAUUCUAAGAUGCUCAUAAGUGGAGAGAAAUUCAAAUACACGCCAGCCGAGCUGCAGUUCUACACGAGCGUGGCUUCUGUCGCCGUGCAGGUUCCCGCCUCGCUGUUCCUUGUGGACUUCUCGGGAGUGCGCAGGUCGACAGACCUGGGCCUCUUCGUCUCCUUCGUCCUGAACGGCGUUUUCUUCCACUUCCAGAGCAUCACCGCGUAUGUGCUGAUGGACUACAUCAGCCCUGUAACACACAGUGUGGCCAACACGGUGAAGCGUGCGUUCCUCAUCUGGCUGUCGGUGCUGCUGUUCGGCAAUGCGGUGACGAUGCUGUCGGGCCUGGGCACGGCGACAGUGAUCGCGGGCGUGCUGCUGUACAACAAGGCGCAGGACAUCGACCGGCGGAGGCGGCUGCGCCACGGGCCCGGCGAGAUUGCCGGAGACGGCAUGUUGUCGCAGCUGGUGUGGAAGGUGCGGACGGUAUGACAGCUGCCGGCGGGGCUCGUCCUUUCGCGCCACCGUGACUGUCGACGCCUGUGACCGGCUCCCGAGCAGUGAGCGUCGCCGGCUUACCGACACCCUCUGCCGUAGCUCACGCUGUCGGUCGCGUUCGCGUGCCUCGGCACUGCUCGACACCUGAGCACAAUUCCUCGCACUUGCUCCGAGGCCACUGUUGCCACGAUAUAGCACGAUGCACCGACUGCAAGAUUUUACAUUCCUUGUAAUAAGACGGCUCUCGAAGCAACGUGUAGGUUGUCAGACGUCUCUCUCUCUCUGGAGGAAGCAGUUGAAACAUCUUCAGUGAUUCUGCAGUCUGGGUUACGGGUUAGGCAGUCAUCUAUUUGCGACCAGAAAGUGUACGUCUUGUUCAGGUUCAGAAAUAACCUAAAACCAUAAAUGGUGCACAGAAUGUGUGCAGAUUUCACAUUCUUCAGGCUUGAAAGUACAAAAGAGAGAGUAAAGGGUAACAGUAUUUGUUUGACCCAACAAUUGCACAAGUCUUCAUGUUUACCUGGUAUAACACUAAAUCUGUGAAGUUUUGGUACCUCCCUUUUUCUAAAGUAUUUCAUCUGCAGAAUGUCCAGCCAUCUUCCAAGUGAACUCUAGGACAGCCUUUUGACUCCCUCCGAAAUGGUUGGAUGUCUUCAGCUGAAAUACCAGGAGGAGAGAGGUAUUGAUGACAGCAACCUGUAAUAGGGAAAUUAACAACUUAUUGAUGAUAAUAACCACCUUGAGCUUCAUGAAUGUGGAUCAGAUUACUUGGAGAAAUACAGAAGCCACCCACCUUUUAAAUAGCUUUGUUUAUGUCUGUUUACGUAUUAGGUUUUCACUGCUCUAUAGGUGUAAUGAAAAUAUAAAAGUAUGUGAAUGUAGGCUUUCCCGGUGCAUACUGCUGAUGAAAUCUUCUCGGGUUUCCAUCCAGUUAGCUGCAUCAAAAAUCCGCGAUGUUUUGGUGAGUGUCAUUCUUAUCAUCUUCACCAGAAGAUGAUGAAAAUGACACUCAUCGAAACGUCACGGAGUUUCGACGCAGCUACCCGGAUGGAAGCCUGGGAAGAUUUCAUCAAUAUAAAUGUAUUAAACAGCUGAAGAUGGGAGAAAACCCAGAAUGAAUUUCAGCGUAGUGUAAAUAAAAUUGUAUAAAAAGUGGGCAGUUGCUGUAUUUCUUCUAGUAAUGCGGAAACUACAAUGAUCAUAUUUGAUGGAGUGUGUCAUUGCCAUAGUGAGUGAGCUGCUCCAUCUCAUUUUUGCCUGCUGAAUGUAAUUUCUUCCUCUUGCCUUUAAUAACUAUGUAACUAUUUCACCAAACUCUUGUGCUCCAUAGGAAUUUGGAACUCACAAGGAACAAUGAAAACUUUUGUCCUACAUGUUGUGCCAUAAUGUCAUGUGUCUUUUACACUUUGUCACUCAAGUUCACAGUGCCAUUAACUACCUAGUUGUAUCUACACCAUGUAGCACCACUCACUUCAGAUCUUGGUCUAAAAUUAAUUUGAUGAAAAAUCUCAAGAGCAUUGAAGACUGAAAUGGCAGAACAAAACUCUCUGCUAGUGCAGAAGCUCUAUCAAUUUAAAUAUGUUUGGACAAGUUGAUAGCACGAAACGUAGAUCUGGUCAGUCUUUAGUCCCUGACAAAUGAGUAUCUGUGGUUUGCCAUCAGUUUGUGUCUUUUGCAUGUGCUGCUCUUUUUCACAAAGCUGGUUUUAUGUUAAUCUUUCUUACGCAGAUGGAAAAUAGAUUUGCCUUCUUUUGGAAUUGCUCAUAUCAUGGCAAAAUAGGCUAAACAUUCGAUUCUUUAUAUUUCCACAACAAGCUCAUAAUAAUCACCUCAUCAUCCACUAUUAUGGCUAUCACUAGAAUGAUGACACCGGGUAAUUUUGAUGUCCCUGUUACAGUAUGUGUGCUUUCUGUGUCAUAACAGACUCUUCUGCUGCUUUGGUUUACAGCUUUUAGUUUUGAGAGUCAGUCUGUCAGUAUUCCAGUUCAUCUUGUUGCCUCAGAUGUUUUAGAUUGUAUACUGUAAUAUUGACAGGUAAUUUUGAGACUUUGGACUAAGACUGCAUGAGAACUACUAGAGGUGCAGUUGGCAGACACAUUUAUUACCGAGCAAAAUGAACUUUUGACCUGACCAAAGUGGCAGCAUUGCCAUGUUUACACUUGAAACUCAGGAGGGGGAGCCAGUGAUAUUAUACACUUGGGUAUUGUUAGAAGUGGAGUGUCACCACAUGCUGUAUGUCAAUGUCCUGUGAAGUGAAACAAAUAAUUUUUUCUCUUUUUUUGUAAAAAAAAUUGGAAAUAGUGUCUAUUUUUUCACACUGUCAUCUCAUUUCUACAUGACGGCUUGUUUAUUCUGACACAUUUUAAAAUCAUAUCCCAUACGCAGACCAAUUCUUCUGAAAAUUUCCCUGCAAAACUCGAACAAAACGCAGCAAAAGAACCUGUGUGAAUUUUUUUUUUUUAAACUUACGUAACUUUGUAUGGUUCAAAAAUAUGGAAGACUGUGUUGCCUGAUUACACUUUAUUUCAGAUUUUCAGUGUAAUAUAUCUCUUCGCACUUUGUUGCUUCUUCAGAGGGAUAGAUACACGAAUUCCACUCCAAUUGGCAGUCGUGUCCUUCGUGUUAUAAUUUGUACAUUGUCAGCUCACUGAGCUGCAACAUUCAGCUCACACUUUCCAUCCCAUUUUCUUUCACUCCUUUGUCCUUCUCAUUGCCAAUAAAUUUCAUUAUUUUAACAAGAAGCAGUGCCGGCUGCCCGUGAAGGUAUUUUCUGGUGGUAACUUUCCAUGUCUACACUGCAAGAUAACAACAAACAUUACUUGUUGUUGUUGUUGUUGUUGUUGUUGUUGUGGUCUUCAGUCCCAAGACUAGUCUAUCCUGUGUCAGUCUCUCCAUCUCUUCAUGACCACUGCAGCCUACAUCCAUUUGAACCUCCUUACUGUAUUCCAUCCUUGGUCUCCCUCUCUAAGUAAUUUCUACUACUCCUAUGUCUCUGCAUUGUGAAAUUAACUAUUUUCUGACGUCUCAGGAUAAGUCUUGUCAAAAUGAUCGCUUUCUUUAGUCAAGUUGUUCCACAAAGAUCUUCACUCGUUCUUCAUUAAGACAGUAACAAAUAUCUGACAAUGUCUACGUUUCAAGUGUGACUGGGAAACAUUAAUUCCCUACAAAAAAUAUCCAUAAUAAGUUCAGUAUCCUUGUCUGAUGACUGUACAAGAUACAAUGUCCAGUUUAUUCCACAGUCAAUUUUGGCAUUUGCAAGUCACUUGAAAUAGUUUUUCGUUCCUGUAGUUCCAUUUUAGGUGGGUUAUCCAGGAAGUAAUGACCAUUCGUUUUUAAUAAAUUCAUAAAAUAUAUUUUAAUAUCAAGAAAAUCGUGUCACUUACAAAGCUGAAGUUCACUUAUUUCUCUGUGUAAUCACCUUCAUUACUUCUGCAUUUCUCAUAAAUGUCCACAAAAUUGAGUAUUCCAUUAUCAUAUGUGGCUGUUGCCAGUCCGUUGAUCCAUUGAGGCUGCAUAUUACUUGAAUAAUAUGUUUUGUUCACUAAUCAUUUGCAAGUGUUCUUGGAUAUAUGAUCAUACAAUCACAAAAUCAAAAACAAAGAGGAUACAUCGAGACGUGUCCCAAAUAAGUAGUUCGUUCAAGUGAAUGUAACUCACAAUACCGAAUGUAAUACCAGGUAACUGUGCUCACUCCUAUUGCCAAACAAGGUGUACAAAACAAAUAUAUUAUCUAGUACAUGAGACUGAGCCUGAAACUUCUUUCUUUUGUCACAUAAUUGGACUCUGAAGUACGUUGUAACCCUUGCUGUUUUGUUCGUUGUGUUGGUCUCUUGAUCUAUUCUGUGGUCUCCCCAGUGAUUCUAUGUCUUAUGUGUUUUUGGGAACGUAUGUGUUAAUUCUGCAUCAGUGAUUUAUAUAUUUACUCUGUAACUGCCUUAUCCAUUCUUUUAUACUCUGUAUUUGUAACUUUAUGUUCGUUUCUGCAGGAUUCUUCGUUUCAGUUGUACUGCGUGUUGUUCUUAUUGAAAUUGUUUCUGCUUUUGACAUGUGACAACACGAAGCCACUGGGCAGUAGACGGCUGUACUGUGGUAUGCCACGAGUCAGAGUUGCUUGCCUCGGAGCAGUACUAGUUAGGAUAGAUAUGUAAAAUCCGUAAUUCCAAAGCACUGUGCUCAGAUUCACAAAUGCCAUACCAGUGGUGGUCAGUGUAACUGCAGAGUUGAUGGUCAGCAAAGAGAUGCAACAGGCCCUUUGAGCUGGUACAGUGUGCUUCAAUGACCAGAAAUAUGUCUGAUUGUACAGUUGACUGCUGUUUCACUCUAGAAGUAAGUGUGCAUUCUGUGCACUUUAUGUAGUAUUGUUGCCUAUUACCUGCAGAGGCCAUAUGUACGUGCAGCAAAUCUGUGGGGAAUAAGUCGCAAUCACAUUUAAAGUUUUCACUGAUAACGACCUUUGAAACUGAGUACUUGAAAAGCAUCGGAACACUCAGUGGCAAUUGUAAUGUAAUUGGCUAUUAUAAUGUGAGCGACUGUUGCAAUGUACUUCUUGUCACAUGCUCAGCAACAGAUCCAACUCAUUCUGCCUAGGUUCAUGAAUCUGCCUAUGACAAUAAUUGUUUGAUGGUCACCUUGCUGUAUCUCACUGUCUCAUGGCAGUGGAAUGUGUUACUGGCUCAAAACUGUCGCUGUGUUGGAGGUUUGAAACGUUUCAAAAAUACACCUCUAAUGUGUGUGGGUUUUUUUUCCCUAGUGCUGCAAAAUGGCUAAUGGAAAACAUUCCAGAUUAACUAAAGUCUGAGACACGUAGCAAAAUCUGCAGUGGCAUUUCUGUUGUACAGGAAGAAGUUUUUCAUAAACCUGCUUACAUUCAUACAGUGUUAUGUAUUUGCUUAUGUGAAAUCUGGGCAGGCAUAGUAUGAUAACCAAAGGUCACUGGUUGUGAAGACUUGUGUACUCUGAUGUGUCUGUAAUAAUUGUCUGUGCAAUUUAAGUUUUUGUAUAUACUCGUUGCCUCUGUGUCAUUUGAAACUAUGUCUGUCUCUUUACACAUUCCUAAGUAUUUUCCGUUGUGUUUCACUGCCUUUUGUGUAAAUAUGUAAACUAAAGAAGUCUGUUUUUAUUACCACGUGUUCUGUGCCGAGGAGUAUGUUUAUUUAUUUAUUUACUGCUGUGGUUGUUGAAUUUUCAGGCUGUGUGAGAAGAGCGUGCAGGGCGCGUGACGCCUCCCUCGCUAUACCAGUAUUGCUUCGUUUGUACGAGAUGUUUUUAUUAUUUUCGUAACGAGAAAGAUGUUGGAUGUUGUUGUUGAACUUUGCACACUUUUGUCAUGAAAUGUUUUAUAGCACAUGGAAGAAAGAACUUUUUGUAAUAAAUGUUUGUUCCCUCAAAA